AACUCUUCAAACGUACUCACUCCCCUUCUUCAGCCAACAUCUUGAAAAGAAAAAAAACUACUAUGAGUUCACAAGGAGCAGUAACGAAGGGCGGUAGAGGCAAGUCCAAGAACACCAAAUCGGUGAGUCGAUCACAUAAGGCUGGUCUCCAGUUUCCGGUUGGCCGAGUCGCUCGCUUCCUCAAGAAAGGCCGAUAUGCGCAGCGUGUUGGAUGUGGCUCUCCAGUCUACCUCUCUGCUGUUCUCGAGUAUCUCGCUGCUGAGGUUCUGGAGUUGGCUGGGAAUGCAGCGAGGGAUAACAAGAAAAACAGGAUUAUACCUAGGCACAUUCAGUUGGCCGUUAGGAACGAUGAGGAGUUGAGAAAGUUGAUGGGGUCUGUGACAAUUGCAAAUGGAGGUGUUUUGCCGAAUAUUCAUCAGAAUCUGCUGCCUAAGAAAGUUGGGACUAAAAAGGGAGAGAUCGGAUCUGUCUCUCAGGAGUUUUAG